AUGUAAACGCACAGUGUACCAGUCCGCAGCCAAGUCAGUGCCCGGCCAGGCCGGUAGCUGGGUGCUGCCGCCCUGUGGCUGUGCUGCGGCGCUAUUGGCCAGAGGCCGAGCCCCCCCCCACCCCACCCCCACCCCCAGCACAAUAGUACAGGAAGCAGCGGGCUGGAAGCAGGAAGGCGGCCCCAAGCCAGUGUUAUGUAAGAGGGGGAAGGGAGCAGAGUUGGAAGUGAGGGGCCUGAAUGUCGCCGUCUGAGGGAGCUGCGUCUGCCUGGGAGCCCGAUGGGGAGCAGCGGCCGGUCGCUUUGGAGUCUGAGGGGCUGCGCUUGCUGCCGGCACCGGCACCGGCACCGGUGCUCCCUCUCUGGGCUACACAUUCACAGUCACUCCUAAUGGACAACCGUGGUGUGAAAUUCAAGGCCAGGUCAAUGGGAACACGUUUCUUCAUUAUACCUGUGGUGGCCACAAGGUCAGACUCAUCAGUGUUCUGGAGAUGAAUGCCACACAGCCCUGGAGUGAACAGAGAGACGCUCUGCAGUACGUGGUGGAGGAGCUCAAGAAGACCCUGCUGGACAUUAGAGCAGAGAUUCCUGCAACCAGCGGUGCUCUCUCCCUGCAGGGCAGCAUGAUGUGUGAGCAGGAAUCCAAAGGACUCACCGCUGCAUCCUGCGAGUUUGGACUGGAUGGACAGAUAUCUCUCCGCUUUGACACAAAGAACAGACACUGGACAGUGCUGCACGGUGAAGGCAUUCUGUUAAAGCAAACAUUGGCGAGUGACAGAGCUAUGUCCGAUCUCCUUGUUAGGACCUCAGCUGGAGACUGUAGGAAGUGGCUUCAACAAGUUCUGUGUCCCCUGAGCACACAAGCUGCACCAACCACUGCCACAGCCACAGUCCCGCCCAAGGCCACAACCAACACACCCAUCACUUCAAUCCUCCCUGUGACCCUCACCUGUGCAAUCAUAGUUGGCAUCUUAGGCUGGGCCUUUAAGUAACAGGUACUGGGGCAUAAUUACAGGUACCAUGACAGGUACUGAUCGAUGGCACACGCACUUCCUGAGCAGCACUUCAAAUGUAUGAAGAGUGCAAAAUUGGGUCUCUGAAUGGUUUGCCUCAAAACAAGAAAAGUUCUAAUGGGACGGUAUCCACAAAUUACCUGAAAGAUGGGGGAAAUGUGUAGCUAGUGGUGGACAGUACUUUGAAUAAAGCACUUUGGAUGUUUCUUCUGAAAUUAUCGUGUUUCCUUUUAUUACAAAAUCCGCGUUAUUAAAUGGUACACCUGAUGAGAGCAGUGGAGCAUCUGUUGAGUUGAGGUGAGGAGUAUUAGGGAGUGAAAUGGAGAAGCCCCAGUAAGUUGAUAAUUGUCAUUCCCCUUAU